UUUUGCUGCCACAGUUGCGUAUGAACGAUGGCUGUACGGUGUAUAGUUGUUGCCGCCAUAAUAUGCAUUUUAAACUGUGUGAUACAGUUCACAGAUUGCUACAGAAUAUUGUGCAUCUGCCCGCGAGCUUCAAUCAGUCAUCAAGUCGUCUUUCGCAGUUUCACCUUGGCCUUGAAUGAACGGGGGCAUGAAAUCACCUUUGUAACCUCGGACCCCAUGAAUGAUCCAACUUUAACAAACUACACGGAAAUUGACAUCGGUUUUCUUUACGGAUCGAAUUCCGUUACGGUUCUUGAUGUAAAGGAUUGGUUUGGCUCGUUUGAUAAAUUGAGCGCCAUGGCGAAUUUACAAACUGUUCAAAUUCUGCAGCAUCCGGAGUUGAGGAAGAUAUAUUCAGCGGGUAGUAACGAAACGUUUGACAUGGUGCUGCUCGAGAUGUUAUACUGGCCUGCUUUCUUCGCACUGGGAAAACGAUUCGAUGCACCGAUUAUAGGAUUGUCACCCUUGGGACUCACGAUGAACGUUCAGUACGCGCUGGGCAAUCCCAUUAUGACGUCGCAUCCAUCGAAUUGGGAACUUUACUCGAAAUCUUCACCGCUGACGUUUUGGCAAAGGUUGGAAAAUUUCGUGAGCUUCUGGAGGUUUCUCCGUUAUUACAAAAGCCAUCACGUUAUGGAGCAAGCAGCAAUCGCACGAAAAUACUUCGGGGAAGAUAUUCCCGAUCUCGACGAAUUGGAGAAAAAUGUCAGUCUCGUUUUCGCCAAUCAACAGACACCUAUUUCCUUCCCGAGGCCGGACGUUCGAAAAAUUGUUGACAUCGCCGGCUUUCACGUUUCUCGAGAGACCCAACCUUUACCUGAGGGCCUCAAAAACAUCUUGGACGGGGCUACGCAAGGGUUUGUUUACAUGAGUCUUGGUUCGAACAUGAAAAGUAGCAUGCUGCCGAUUGCGACGCGGAAUGAGUUAAUGGCAGCAUUCUCAAAGUUGCCGUACAAAGUGUUGUGGAAAUUUGAGAACGACGCUCUUCCGGACAAGCCGGAAAACGUUCACGUCAUGAAAUGGAUCCCACAACAAGCUGUUUUGGCGCAUCCGAAUCUGAAAGUCUUCGUGUACCAAGGAGGUCUCCAAAGCACUGAGGAGACCGUGUCUCAUGGAGUUCCCAUUGUCGGAAUACCAACUUGGGGCGACCAAAGAAUGCAGAUCGACAAAAUGGUGUCACUCGGAGUCGGGAAGAAAUUGGAGCUCGGCACAAUGAACAGGAAGGAGAUCGAAGAAGCGAUUCGAACUGUAGCGUCCAGCAAGAGCUACAAGGAUGAAAUGGUGAAGUUGAGCACGCUGUUGAAAGAAAAUUCUCAACAUCUGCUGGAAAAUGCAAUCUGGUGGACGGAGCACGUGCUUCGUCACAAAGGAGCCUCACAUUUGCACUCCGUCACGGCUGACGAUCCGUGGUACCGUCGACAGGACAUGGAUAUAAUUGUUUUUAUAUCAGUUGGAACCACCGUAGUUUUAAUUGUCUUCUGCUACGUCUCCUACAAGCUGCUAAUCGCUGUUGUCAGUACGUGCGAAUCGCAAUCACUGGAGAAGAAAAAAAAAUGGAAUUGA